AUGACCGAAGAACUGGACGCACUCAAGGCAAAUGACGUCAGGGAGAUCGUUGUGCCACCAGGAAAUGCACAUUUUCUACACAACAUAUGGGUCUACAAGACAAAUACCGACGCGAACGGGGACAUCGAGCGGUUCAAAUCUCGUUUGGUGAUUCGUGGGAACGAACAAGUGUUCGGAGUGGACUAUACCCUCAAGUUCGCAGCGGUCAUGGACUUGGGAACGGUAAAGCUGAUCCAGGUGCUUUCGAGACGCUGGAAGGUGCCGGCGCGCCACGGUGAUGUACCCAAUGCGUACGUCAAGGCUGAAAAGAAGGAGCACCUGGAUAUCUACAUGAAGGUUUCGAAGGGGAUGACAGUGAAGGAGAAAGAGAUGAAGGACCUGAACGCAAAAAAUCCAAAUGACCUAGCGUUGCUGUUGAAGAAGUCGUUAUAUGGACUUAAACAGGCUGGGCAGUUGUGGAGCAAACUACUUGACUUCAAGCUACGACAAAGCGGGUAUCAGCAAUGUACCACGGAUAUGUGUCUAAACUUCAAGUAUAAGGGCAAGACAUGCACGGUGGUCGGCGUCUACGUGGACGAUCUGUUGGUCACGGGCCCCGAACAGAGCGCUGUGGACGACUUCUUUAAAGACAUGGCCUCACUAUCGAUUAAGGAUUUGUGGAUUGUCGACAAGUUCCUCGGGCUACGAAUUGAGCUCGACAACUCGAACGGCUAUGCUCUGGACCAAGAACCGACUAUCGACUUGCUGUUGAGAGACUUCGGGAUGGAGUCGUGCAAUGGGGUUGGCACACCUAUCGGAGACGAGUGCAACGUGGAAGACGACGAGGACGCUGAGUACCUACCAGCAAGAGGAGCGAAGGGUGACCCCGUGCGUAAGACAACAAGACAGACUCACAAGCCGACACUCAAGGAUUGGAAGACCGCGAAGCGCAUCACGCGAUACCUGAAGAUGUCCAAGAAUUUGAAGCUGCACCUGGAUGGUGCUGGACAUGUGUCAGAGGAUGUGCAGGUCGAAUGCUGGAGCGAAGCCGAUUUUGCUACGAGCAAGGCCAACCGUAAGUCAAUAUCGGGGUGUGUACUAACUGUGGAUGGUGCAGUGGUUCUGUGGCUGUGCAAGAAGCAAUCGGGUGUAUCGCCGAGCACGAUGGAGGCUGAGUUUAUCUCAGCGUCGCAAGCUGGUCGGGAGCUGCUUGGCAUGAAAGAACUAAUGAGCGAAUUGAAGCUACGCGUACGUGCGCCCAUGCCGAUGUGGAUUGACAACCAAGCGGCGAUCAAGCAACUUAAGUCAGAGAAGAGCACCUCGAGCGCCAGCACGUGGACAUACGUCACAAAUUUGUAUGCCAUCCCGCACAGAAAGGGACUGUGGUGCCAAGGUUUGUGCGAUCUAAGGAUAUGCUAG